UGUUAAAUGUAUCCUGAUAAGGUACAUAGGACCUCCUGAAUUCCCAGGCUUACCACCAAGGACAAAGCAGUAUGCAGACAUAAACAAGUGGAACAUCUGCAGGAGGCAGACACUGGGAAUGUGUUAUGGUUGGAGCCAAGGUUGGUCUGAGAAAAGGUCUGGUUCCCUUCUAUCGGAGCUAUAUAAAGGAUAAUGAACAUGUGACGGCUAUUCACAUCCACUGCAUCAGCAACAUGAGGACUCUUAGCUGUAUAUCCAUUCCUAUCAUCCUGUUGCUGCUUUCCUAUGGGAAGUUUUCUUCAGGCAGUCUACCACAUGCUUCCAGCAAGCAUCACGCAGGACAGGACUCUUGUUCAGCUGGAAGUCCAGUGAGAUCCCCACACAGCCUGUAUCUGGGAAAUGGAGACCCAAAGAAUGUUCUGCGUCUGGAAUUCCCUCUGUCAUCCUUAUCCAGCAAUCUCUCAUCGUUUGAAAUCCGGACAUAUGACAGCGUAGGCACCAUAUUCUUUGGAAAUAUUGGCAUGGAUAACUGGUUUCUACUUGGGAUUCGCGAUGGUCGGUUGGAGGUACAGAUGAGUAAUGGCAAUGGUCAAAUGGUUUUCUCUAAGUGGGGACCAGAAGUCAGCAAUGGCAAAUGGCAAAAGGUCACUGUGGACAGCUCGAUUAACACCAUAGAUGUAAGAGUGAACGGAGAGGUUGUUAUCAUGCUAACUCAUCAUGUAAAGAAUGAGCCUGUGAUCUCAGAAUACGCUAAUCUGGGCAUUAUCCUGGGUGACCUUCCAGAAAAUGGCCAAAUUCAACUUCUCAGACCGUUGAAUCCUGCUCUAGAUGCAUGUAUGAGAAACUGGGCCUGGGUAAAAAAGAGCACAAAAAAUCUAGACGAUGCAAUGGAGACAGAUGAGAACCGGCGGUGCUUUGAAAAUGAGGAGCGAGGCACCUUCUUUCCUGCGCAAGGUUAUGCCAUCUUCAAGCCUAGCUCAUUCCCAUUACAUACACAUGGACCCUGGCAACUAUUGGUUCAACUGUCAUUCCGAGUCCUAGAAGAUGGUGGGCUCCUCUUUGCCUUAUAUGGUGCAGGCAAUACCCCAGCAUUGACCAUAACCUUGGAUGGUCAGAAACAGGUACUAGAAGCCUCUCUACUGGACAAACUAGCACAUUCCAUGACCUUCCCACCUGGUAUUUGUCUUAAAGACUGGCACACUGUGGAUAUUCAGAUACAGGCAAAUCAGCUUGUGCUGAAAACAGAGGAAGCAACAUCCUCUAUGGACAUACCACCUGCUGAUUUCAAAGCUUUGGAAGAUGCAUGGAUGGAUCCUAAUGCAUACAUUUCUGUGGGUGGCAUGGCAGAACAUUCAGAACAAGGAAACCAUUUUUCGGGGUGCAUGAAGAUCAGUCUGCAAGGAACAGCCGUAGACCUGGAUACAGCCCAUUACAAGCACCCUCAUGUCCGCAGUCACAGUUGUCCUAUAGCAAUAUAGUUGGGACCCAAAAAUAUGAUGUUUGCCCCCCAAUAUCCAGAUUUUUUUUAAUAAUCUUUUGAAGAUUUCUUUAGGUUUUUUAUAUCUAAAAAGUGUUAAAAUGAUUUGUUUUAGGUUGUUUAGGUCACACAUUUUUUUUAGGCUGGCCUUAUGGUGAAACAAAGUAAGAACAGUUUAAGUUUCCCAGUGGGGAUCUAGGAUCUACCUUAUUAGCAGAUUCAUUUGUAGUGAGCAUUGCGCUUGUUCAAGAAUAAUGGCCCUUCCAAUUGCCAUUGGAUCACACAUAUCAGUCAAUGCCUUUUCUGCCUUAUAUUGAUUAAUAUUGUUUUCAAAGUAUAACUAAAGGCAAAACUUUUUUUUAAAAAUUUAGGUUGUCCUUAAAAAAGUAAUAUUGGGGAAAUCUUCUGGUGAUCCCUUAAUUUGUAGGAAUUUCCUCUCACUUCCUGUUUGGCUAUGGGACAGGAAGUAAAGGGAAAUCUCCACAUUGGGACACAUUUGU